AGUAAUCUUAAAUUCAUUACACAUAUAAACCAUGUAAAUCGACAUCUAUAGAUUGUGAAAUGCUCUUCUCAAAAGUUGAGUAUACUCCAUCCUCAUCUCGUUGAAUUGAGAACACAAUCACCCACGGUAAAAGACUUGUAAAUAACAUUUCUACUUGUGCACAUUACUCUGUAAAUUUAAUAUGACAUCUACGUGGCUAUCCUCCAACCUACGCAUGUUUUGAUAACGCCUCAUAAGUGAAUCUCUGGCUAUAUCAUAAUUAUUGUCCACAAGUGCUAAAUGGUGGACUAACCCUUUAGCCUCCCCGGUGAGACUAGCCAACAAAUAUGCCAACUUUUGAGCAGAUGUCAAAUCACCUCUUGAAUGCACUUAACUAUCAAAUAAAUGAAUAAACGCCACCCAUUGGCUUAAAUCACGGCUAAAAUGGGGCAAAUCUAGUUUGAAGAUAAGAUAAGAGGAUAAGAUAUCCAUGUUGUCCCUGUAUCUCCUAGUGCCAUUUUUUACUUGUGCGUCCAAAUUGCUAAGUUUGGCAAUACUAUCGGAUAUGAUAGGGGCAGUCAUGUUGAAUGCUUGGUAUUAAGUGAGGGACAUGUACCUUAGUAGACCAUUCUGAUGCUACUGUCUCAUACGUGGGCUUUGGUAAUAGGGGGAAUACAUACUUAUUGCCAGUUACUGCCUGUCGAUUCUGUAACUCACUUUACAAAUUCUCACAGCGGAUUCCGCACUCAAAUCACUCCUGAAGGUGUCAGGUUACAAUUUGGUAUUCUGAUAAACAAUAACCGCGACAAAAGCGCCACUCAAGUGAGAUUGUUUACAUUUGGAACUAUAAUUAAAGUAUGGGGGUGUAGAGUUGUUAUAAAUGAAACCCCAUAUAUUUAAACACACAUGUAUAUUCACUACACUUAAUAAAUUAAUACAAUGUAUCGUUUAACUACUAUUAUUGGCUUGUGUCGCGAUACGUGGCGUAGGUACGAUCGUACGACCUGCCGGCGACGAAGCUUGGUAAUGACUGGCGUGAAGCGUCUCCCGCGCAGUGUUGCCAGUCCCCACAUCAGCCCCCCCGGAGACCUAUAGGUCAUAAAAGUGGCGCGGAAAUCGAACUCUUCUGCCUGAACGAGUUACAUAAUCAGGCUUCUUUGCAGGGGGCAUACUGGGAACUGCAGUGGUGUUAUUGAUAGGCUCCGCCAAUGAAAGUCUCUGCGUAAACCGAGGUUUAAAUUUAAAUUGAUUGUUCCAUAUGUAUUUAUCACUGAGCCAUUGGCUGCAUAAAGUUUGUAGUCACAGUUUUUUAACUUCUUAUUAUUAACAUAUUUAUAAGGAUACACACACAAAUCCGAACCAGUGUCUAUUAAAAAAUCCCGUCUUGUGUUUUUAUCUACGACAAAAAUACGACGCACGUGGUUACAGCAGCCAUUGUUCGUCGCCAUUAAUGACUGCUGUUGUUGCGUUGCUGCGUUUCCCUUAUACGAACAUGGCGCACGACACUUUGUUGCGUUUUCUCUGAAUGUGCGGUGAUACCAACACACGCCACUCGUUGAAGCAUCCCGUGAACGGCCAUGACUGUGUGAUCGGCGUCGCGACCCGUAUGCACGCUGUCCCGAUCACGAGCGUGGACGCCGAGAUGUAUAAGUAGACAGGGCUGCGACCUGCUUGGUUAGCUCGGCAACGCAAUUCCUUAAGUCUUUUAUCUCGUCGUACGGGGACGCCACGUGGUUAAUUUGUUCUUGACACACGACGUCAGUAACUGCGUCCGCUAGCGACGCCAAGGAGUCUAGCGAGCUCUUUGGUUGUGACGCAAUUAUGAUCUGAAUAUUCGUUGGUAAUCGGCUCGACCAUAUGGACCUAAUGAAGUCAUCUGGCAUUUCCGGACCUGCGAGAUUUUGUAGAUGUCUUAAAAAUUGGGAUGGCUUCCGGUCUCCGGUGUCCUCGUGCGUUAAAAGUUGUCGCACCCGCUGUUCUUGGGAUGAUGAUAAUUGCCCGUAGUGGGCGGGUUUUUAAUUAUGUCUUUAAUUUCGGAGACAUACUUAUAUUCCAAAUUUGACACUACAUAGUUAUACUUAGUAGUGUCCGCCGUGAUAUUUGCCAACGUGAACUGGCUCUCAAUCUGUGCAAACCAUAGCACUGGUUCGUCGGGCCAAAAUGGCGGCACUUUGACACUGACGCUAUUGAUCGCGGGAGCGUCACGCGCGUCUUGUUUGUCCAUCACGUCGGGUACUGAAUCACGUCGGAGUCACCAAUAUAUGGGGGUGUAGAGUUGUUAUAAAUGAAACCCCAUAUAUUUAAACAUACAUGUAUAUUCAAUUCGUUUUAUAUGACAAAACAUAUUUUCCUCAAAUUGAGAUGAAUCAAAAUAAUAGUGGAAAUCCACGUGGCAGAAGCCAUAAUUCCGGCGGCAACCGCAGAGAUAUGAGUUUCCAGCCUGAGGAAUUUGACCCAGCUCGAGUUCAAAAUAGGGAGAGAAAACCAACCGAGCGGUCAACUGCCUUCAAAGGCAAGAAAAAGCCCAAGCAACCUCAACGGCCACAAGAACCUGAGCAAACAGUAGUACCAAGUACUACUUCAACGCCAUACAGGGACGAACCAAUGUACGACGUUGGUCCUCAUUCUUCGCUUUUGGCUGCACAAGACGUCUAUUGCCAAAAUUUUGAGUUCUCGGGGUUUAUUCCCCUAAUAAACGAGACGUAUGAGAAGAUGCGCGGCAUAGACCCACGCCUACACGAGCGAUUGCCUCUAAGCAUGUUUACUCAUGCAAUGGCGGUGCACCUAAAUUUAGAGAUUUUAGAGACAGCCAGGUUAGCCGGCCAAAACGUUCUCAAUCUCAGAACGGAUGCAAGAGAGGUUCUCCCAGACUACCAGGUUCUACCACAAUCAAUUGUGGACUAUAUAUCACACGUAGCACCCGUCAUCACCCAGGAUGGCAAAGAAAUUAGACUCAACCUACCACCAACAGCUAUACCACUUGGUCCGGUAGUUGUAGAUGGGAUUGCGCAACCAAGCGGCUCUUUUGGGCCAAUUGCUGCAAACAACCACAACACUUAUGAGUGCUACAUAUCUCCGCUUGUGACAUCACGGAGAGUGAUUGCUUCAACUAACAACAUGGCCGACUAUCUACCACUCCCAGACGCACUAAUUCCUGGGAAUUUGGUUCCAAACAGCAAUCUUCUUGGAUUUGAACCAAUAGACAUUCAGAAUGCUGGCGCUACUGCCAGACUACAAGGGACUACAAGGGGUACGAUCGUACGACCUGCCGGCGACGAAGCUUGGUAAUGACUGGCGUGAAGCGUCUCCCGCGCAGUGUUGCCAGUCCCCACAAAAGACUCACAUCACUUAUGCUCAAAUAGUCUUGUUAUUUCGCAUUCUGAUGACACCAUUUGACAUCUCGUGUGAAUUAAAAUCGGCAGUGAACUCGAUUUUUUACGUCAAAUUAAAAGUUGCUCUUUCCUAGGUGAAAUCAUGAUUUACAAGUGAGUUAGCCAUUUUUUAGCGAAGUUAAAGGCUGUUUUAUGUGAAAAUAUUCUAAUAUAGGACAAUCUAUAUAUAUGUGAACACCACUUUAAACCUCUAUUUCAAUUAAUAAAUUAUGUCAAUAAUUAAAAAAUACUUAAUACAAUAUCUAUAGAUGGCGAAGAAAAAGGCAUGAAACGACCAAUUGGUUUCUCGGCCUUGGUUACUAUCGCUUUUUUCCAAUACCCAAGACAUUAUGUGGUAUUUACGAAACCUAAAACAUUUCCUAUAUGGGCUGCUGAGAUGAACGAAGAGUCUAGUAAAUAGAUAAUCUAAGAGUUCCAAUGUUCAAAAAAUCCUGGUUGAAUUUUUCUGCCUUUGAAGAAGAAUGUCACAUUUGUAUCAAUGACAAGGACCCUGGAUAUAGAAAGACACAAUAGUGCAGAUAUUUUCAAAUAAUUGAAUUUCAACUAUCCUUCAAUUUAUAAUAAACGAUAUCACAGCCUGAACAACCAAAAUUGGCGGUUCUUAUAUCUUUAUAUAUAUUGAUAGGUAUAACAUUAAGGUUUUGAAUAAAAACAUUAUUCUGCUUUACACAAGUAUAAAAUACCAUCAUGAUGUACAUGAUAGUUUAAGUACUUAUUAAGCUUUUUAAUUUUUUUACCGAUUAGAAAAUAUAUUAAAAUAAAUAAAUAUAUUUAUUUGUCUACAAAAUAAAGUAGUAAUUGAUUAGCUCUUUGUGAGGCUGGGUUUGAUUAGUUUUUAUUAUACUUAAGUUUAUGUUUGUAUUACUGAAAGUUAUUUUGUAGCGUGUUAAAAGUUUAUUAUUGACAUUAAAUCAUGUUGUAUAAGUUAUUAUUCUGUUCUUUUAUUUACCUAUACAGAAACACACAUAGAAAUAUAUUUUAUUUCUC